CACGUGGCCCGUCACAUCCAAGUCUCCUACCGUAUGGUUUCCAGAACUAUCCCAUAUAGUCUACGACGGCGCGCAAUGGGAAGUUGUCUGGCACUCGCUUAGAGCGUCGGUUUCAUCAUGUAAUCCCCUGCCUGGCGGAUGGUGGAUUAAUUGCACUCCAGAGUCGAACAAUUUCCGGCAACACCUAUAUACAUCCGUACAUCGCUUCGAGUGCGGUGUAUGAAUCUCCAGGACACAUUCCCCGUACCUAGCAACCUUGCCCCAAGAGAAACGAGACGCCAUCUGCGAGACAUCGGUACUGCCAGCAUGUCCAACUUCACCAGCUCGGCCCUUGUAACGGGAGGCACAACGGGCCUGGGGCUCCACGCUGCGGAAGAGAUCGCGGGGCAACACCCCGACUACUGCGUCGUCAUCGCAUCGCGCAAGGACGCCGAUGGGAGCGCGGAGCUGAUCAAUCAGCGCCUCGGUGGCGGCGCUCACAGAGUGCAAUUCAUGGCGCUAGAUCUGGGAGACUUGAAGAGUGUCAGAUCGUUCGUCAAGGCCUGGAAGGAGAAAAGCCUGCCGCCGAUCUCGGUCCUAUUGCUGAACGCAGGAAGCCAGUUCCCCUUUGGACUCAAAUACACCGUGGAUGGCUUCGAGGCGACCUUCGGCGUCAACCACGUCGGACACGCGCUACUAUUCUCACUCAUGCAGCCAUACCUAGCAGAUGAGGCGCGCAUCGUCGUCACCGCCAGCGGCACGCACGACCCUCUGCAGAAGACCGGGAUGCCGAAUGCGAAUUACACGACGGCCGAAGAACUGGCACACCCCACGGGAUCCGCGCUCAAGGCACCGGGCCGCCAACACUACACGACGAGCAAGCUGUGCAACAUCCUCUGGACGUACGCGCUCGACCGGCGCCUGAGGCGGCUGCAGCCGGGCAAGAAAUGGACGGUGGUGGCAUUCGAUCCGGGGCUCAUGCCUGGGACCGGCCUUGCCAGACAGUAUCCGGCCUUCCUGCGAUUCAUGUGGAAGCGCGUGCUCCCCGCCCUGAUCCCGCUGCUGCGACUCGUUCUGUCGCCCAACAUCCACAGGCCGCAAGAGUCCGGUGCGGCCCUCGCAUGGCUGGCGCUGGACGCAGAGGCGAGGGGCGCGAGUGGCGUGUAUUUCGAGGGGAGAAAGCAGAUCAAGUCGAGCGCGGACAGCUAUGAUGAGGCCAAGCAGGAGGAGUUGUGGUCGUGGACGGUCAAGACUCUGGCGGGCGACGAGCAGGAGAGACGCCUGUUUGAAGUGGUCCAGGCGUAGACUGUCCUUGCUAUUGGCGGUUGCUGGCUGUUCUAAUUAAUACAGGCCCUACAUAGAACCAGCGAGCAGCUAGUCAGUCAGUCAACUCAUUUGCAUGUGCUAACCCACGGAUUUUGCUGCUCCAGGAAACUGUCGUAACCAGGCAGUGUGGUGUCAUGGUGUCACAGAGAAAAAAA